CUCCACUUCUUGUCCAAAGAGGAGGAAUAGCUCGAAUCAAACUCCAGUCUCGUGCUGCAAAUGAAGAGAUCUUUAGAAUAAUUCCGCGCCAUCUCCCUGGAUAUACUUUGUGUUGAUUUAAAAGAAGAGGCGCGCCGUGCGUCAUGAUGGAUGUGGCGGCUGAUCAGCACCGCUGGAUGCCUCACCACGCCGUGCUCAACGGACAGCACCCGGACUCCCUCCACCCCGGCCUGGGCCACAGCUACAUGGAGCCCACGGCGCAGCUGCUGCCUCCGGAUGAGGUGGAUGUUUUCUUCAAUCACCUGGACUCACAGGGAAACCCUUAUUACCACAACUCAGCGCGGGCCAGGGUGUCCUACAGCCAGGCGCACGCCCGUCUGACGGGGUCUCAGGUGUGUCGGCCUCUCCUCCACAGUCCGGGACUUUCAUGGCUGGACGGAGGGAAAGCAGCCCUGUCGGCCCACCACCACCACCACCACCACAACCCUUGGGCCGUCAGCCCCUUCAGCAAGCCCACCCUGCACCACCACCCAGGCUCGGCCUCCCCCGGCUCCCUCCCGGCCGUCUAUCCGUGCAGCAGCAGCUCGAACGCGGUCUCCGCAUCUCCGCUGACGCCGCCGUCCCAAAGCAGCUCCCAGCUGUACCCGUUCCCCCCCACACCGCCCAAAGACGUGUCCCCGGAUCCAGGGGCCGCGUCGCCUCACUCCUCCUCCCCAUCAUCAUCCUCCUCCUCCUCAGCGGUCAGAAUGGACGAGAAGGAGAAAUACCAGGUGUCCCUACCAGAGGGCAUGAAGUUGGAGGAGUCCAGUCCUCUGAGAAGCAGCUUCACCCCCUCCACCCACCACCCCAUCCCGACUUACGCCCCCUACUCUCUCCCGUCGGCCCACGAGUACGGCGGCAGCCUGUUCCACCCGGGGUCUCUGCUGGGCUCUCCAUCCAGCUUCAGCUGCAAGAACAAGAGCAAGGCCCGCUCCUGCACGGAGGGCCGUGAGUGUGUGAACUGUGGGGCCACCUCUACGCCUCUGUGGAGACGGGACAGCACCGGACACUAUCUGUGCAAUGCCUGUGGCCUGUACCACAAGAUGAACGGCCAGAACAGACCGCUCAUCAAACCCAAACGCAGGCUGUCGGCUGCCAGACGAGCGGGCACCUGUUGUGCCAACUGUCAGACGACCACCACCACUCUUUGGCGGCGCAAUGCGAAUGGAGACCCGGUGUGCAACGCCUGCGGCCUGUACUAUAAACUGCACAACGUGAACCGACCCCUGACCAUGAAGAAAGAGGGAAUUCAGACACGUAAUCGGAAAAUGUCCAACAAAUCCAAAAAGAGCAAGCGUGGCUGCGACAGCUAUGAGGAGUUCUCCAAAAGUCUGCACGACAAGAGCUCUCCCUUCUGCACCUCAGCUCUGGCGGGUCACAUGUCCAUGGGGCACCUGCCGCCUUUCAGCCACACGGGACACAUGCUCCCCACGCCCACUCCCAUACACCCAUCGUUCGGCCACCCGCACCACUCGAACAUGGUGACGGCGAUGGGCUGAGAGGAGGGGUUUCCAAAUGUUUUAAUAGCUGGUUACGCAAGUGGGGAUAUAAUAAAAGACAGCGUGUACAGUACAGAUGUGCAACAUGUGUGUCUUUAACUUGGUUUCAUUGACACUGCUGUGGGAGGACUUUGACUUCUUAUCCGUAGGUACCAAAUUUGAUGGAGAGGCAUUUGACUUCCUGUUGGCCAGGCACGCACAUGAACACAAAAAGGACAGUUUUGCUCCCACUGACAGCUUGAUCAUCUGCAGCGUGGCUGAGCAUGUGUCCAACAGGCUUAUUGUAACUGUGAAUAAUGUAAAAGUGCGA